GCGAGAUCACAUGACUUCACUUCUCCUUCUUCAGUGUAAACAUUGGUAGUCACAGCACAGUGUUAUGUUACACUUGCUUCGUUUAAAACUCUUUUUUUUUAAUGCACAAUGUGCGGGUUUGAUUUUUUUGCACGGAGCUAAAGAGCGACGGGUUUACAAGCUGUGUGGGAAUGGGUUACAUCCCCUACCGGCCUAAAUGGAGAAUAAAGGGAGCGACGAGGUGGAAAAAAUGAAGACAAAGUUCUUGUCAGCGUGGCACAAUGUGAAGUACAGUUGGGCUCUGAAAUUAAAGACCUCGUUCAGUCGGAAUUCCCCGGUGUUUCUUCUUGGAAAGUGUUACCACUUUAAGGUGGAAGAUGACGACAGUCCCACAGAAGCCUGCUAUGAAACUACAGAAGAGGAUUCUAUCAUGGGGAACGUUGAGGAUUUCCGCAAAGAUUUUACAUCCCGUGUGUGGCUCACCUACAGGGAGGAGUUCCCCACGCUGCCCGGCUCCACCCUGACCUCCGACUGCGGCUGGGGCUGCAUGCUGAGAGCCGGGCAGAUGAUGCUGGCUCAGGCUCUCGUGCUGCACUUCCUUGGUCGAGACUGGACCUGGUCGGACGCUCUGACACUCCAACCUUUAGACACAGAAACCUGGACUGCCACCAAAGCCAAGCGUCUGGUGUCCUCUCUGCAAGGCCCCAACAGGCCCUCCUAUCAAGGAGCACCACAUCUGCACCAAGCCCAGGCGCCGGGAUCUGCAGAGGAGGCGGAUGAACAUUUGAAGGAGAUGUACCACCGCACUCUGGUAUCCUGGCUUGGGGACAGCCCCUCAGCUCAGUUAGGCCUCCACCGGCUGGUCCGCCUGGGUCUGGCGAUGGGGAAACAGGCAGGGGACUGGUAUGGUCCCGCUGUGGUGGCACACAUCCUCAAGAAAGCUGUCGAGGAAGCGAUGGACCCUGGCUUGGCGGGUAUAACUGCUUACGUCUCCCAGGACUGCACAGUGUACAGUGCUGAUGUCAUCGACAGCCACAGGGCACCGGGAGCAGGGCAGACCUCCGCUUCCCCGCAGAGCGAGCGGCCCGCGCCUUCAUCCAGCCGAGCCGUCAUCAUCCUCAUCCCCGUGCGGCUGGGAGGGGAGAAGACCAACCCUGACUAUUUCAACUUCACUAAAAGCAUACUGAGUCUAGAGGACUGCAUUGGCAUCAUCGGAGGAAAGCCCAAACAGGCCUGCUACUUUGUGGGAUUUCAAGAUGACAGCUUGAUUUACAUGGACCCUCAUUACUGUCAGUCUUUUGUGGAUGUCAGCACCAGCGAUUUCCCUCUCCAGUCAUAUCACUGCCCCUCACCAAAGAAGAUGCCUUUCAGCAAGAUGGACCCAAGCUGCACCAUCGGUUUCUACUCCAGGAGUGUUCAGGACUUUGAGAGAAUCAAGCAAGAGUUGUCCAAGGUGCUGCAGCCGUCAGCCAAGGAAAAAUACCCGGCGUUCACUUUCGUACAAGGUCAUGGCAAAGAUUACGACCUGUCGGCCGGCCUGACCCCAGAGAAGAGAGAGUGGCCCUUCAUACGUGACCCGCGGAGGACGGUGACCACUGCCGGGGACUUUGUGCUGCUUUGACAGCACUGUUCAGAACUACUACUGACAGGAAACUUCUUCUAAUGAAUCAAACCGCUCCGCACCCCGAAACCUUGAGUCUGAGCCUGUUGAGACACUGAAGGUUAUCCAACUUUUCCUUCUUUAAAAAAAAAAAAAAAAAAAUGCUAACAUCCCUGAAAACUUUUUCUGUUCCCCCGCACUUUUUGCCAAAACUUUUUAGACUUAAGUUGACGAGCAACGCCGGCUUCCUGAACACUUUGUCAGGAAACCUUGGGACACGAAGACACAUUUCAUUUUACAACAUUACUGUUAUUUAACAUGUUUUGAAGACGACUGUUCGUAGUGACUGUAAUCACACACCAGAUUUUGUCAUCUGAUUAUUUUUGCACCUUAACUCUGUCGUAGCACUUUCAUACAGAUUUUCCACUCACAACAAUGACUCCCGUUGAGAAGAAGAAACUAAAAUAAGUGUUUCUUCGCUUUGAGGUCUUUUUUUCCACGGCUACACCUACAGUUCAACACAGUUUUACGCUUAGUGUUCAGCUAAGAGCAGUAUUGUAAAAGCGUAACUGGUAAUUAUUAAAGGCCAAUCACUUUUCUUAAGAUUGAGCUCUGUAACUCCUCGGAACUUCUCAGCCAAAAUCAUUUCAUCAAACAACAUCAGUUCUUCAUUGGUCAUGUUAAGACCUCGAUAAGAGAAGCACACAAAGUCACCAGCUUUGAGUUUAGUAUUGCCAUGGUUUCUUUUUAAUCCACCACAUUGAACUCUUCUCUUCCUCUAUGCAAUAAUAUGAGUGUUGGGUGACAAUGUGUUUGAUUGCCAUACUGUGUUUUUCAAGUGACAUACAUUUUGCACCAUUGUGAAAAGUGACUGGUGGUGAAAGAAGAUGAAGCCAUGUGCAACAUCUCACUAAGCAAUAUCUCUUUAACAUGAUCCUUUACAAUUAAAAAAACAAGAUAGAUUCAGGGAAUUGAAGUAGACUGUAGAGCUUCUUUUUUUUUUUUCAGAGUAGCAAUAAGUGAGUCAUGCUAACCUUGUAAAGAUAUAUUUAUUUUUAACUGUGCUCUGCGGUCCUUCAUAACAACACAGAGGUUAACACUCACAUGUACUGUAGAAUCAUUUUUUAACACUGCCAGAAUAAAUUCAAAAAGUUUGACUCUUGAGGAAUAAAAAA